AUGCUGCGUCGGUCGGUGCGCGCCUUGGAUGUGCUCCUGCAGCAGCCGUCGGCACAGCCGGCCAUGCUGGUGCUGCAGCAGCGCGGCGGUGCGGCAGCCGCCCGGAAUGGCGUGGCACAAGCUGGCAAGCAGGUCUGGCGGCGGCCAGCUACACGGAGCAUUGCCAGCUCGACGCCGAAGGCACCGACGACCUCCGCCACGCAUCAAUUCCGUUCCUCCACAUUCUUCACCCGCGCCCCGCCACGGCGGACAUUCCACUCGUCGCGGACACGGCGGUCACACGACGGCGCAAAGGGUGGCGCGGGAGACGCAGCCGGGCCCAAGUCGGGACCCGGCGCCGCGCCCGCCGAGAAGCUCACACUGAGCCAGCGCUUCAAGAAGCUGUCCCGCGAGUACGGCUGGACCGCAGUCGGCGUCUACUUUGGCCUGUCCCUGCUCGACUUUCCCUUUUGCUUCCUCCUUGUGCGGACGCUUGGAACGGAUCGAAUCGCCGCCGCCGAAGAAUACGUCGUCGGCCACGUCAAGGUAUUGAUCCCCGAGAGCGUCAAGGAGCGCUGGCGCAGGUACCGCGCGGCCCUCAAAGAGGCCCAGCGCGAGAGCGGCGUCGCGGCCGCCCAGGAUGCGAUUGCGGAUGCGGCCAAGGACGUGGUCGCCCACGACAAGGACGGCCAGGAAGUCGCCGCGGGCGACGGCUGGGGUGUCAAGGAGGCCGAUCGGCGCAACAAGCACGAAGCCAGCCUCGCCACGCAGCUGGCCCUGGCCUACGCCAUCCACAAGAGCUUUAUUUUUGUGCGCGUGCCCCUGGCGGCGGCCGUGACCCCCCAGGUGGUCAAGGUGCUGCGCUCGUGGGGCUGGAAGAUUGGCAAGGCGAAGCCGGCGUAG